AUGUCUCCACCAGACCUGAACACGCUGCCCGCCUCGCCCCUGCAAUCGCCCUCUGCUUCCAACGGCACCUCACGGAAUCAGUCGCCCUCCGCCUCGCGCAACAUGGCCGCCUCGCCGCAUUCGCUAGCUGCCACGGCAGCAAUGAACGCAGGCAUCCAGAACGAAGACCAGCGCCGCACUUCUUCCGGUAGCAUGCGGAGAGACGUAGAACGCGCACGCCGCCGCUCCAGCGUCCGCAUGAACCUGAACCUCAACGACCCAGCGGUGCCUGCGCCCGGCGAGAUGCAGUCAAGUCCAUCGGCCCGCAGUAGAGGCCCAUGGCCGCAUAGCCCGCAUCAUGAGCGCGCCCCCAGUCUCGGCGAGCUGCACCAGGAGCUGGAGUACGAGCAGGAGGGGCAGGUGAACCGCCUCCUCAACAUGAUCCGCCAACAGCAAACCCAAAUCGACACCCUGACGGCCGGUCAGCAACAACCCUCCAACUCCGCCGUCGACGACAGCACGCCCACCUCAGAGCGCUCCAUGUCCCUUUCGCGCUCGCACUCGCAGGCUGCACAUGUGCCCCACACCACAAUAUCGCCCCUCCCUGGCGCAGCACAACCUCGCUCAUGCUCACCUUUCAACAUCAGCCGACAAUCAUCAUUUGCAGACCGCUCAAGAGGUGGCAGCCACGCCGGUUCACCUGCCCUGCGUCCCUUCCCCGGUGCGCCCCAUGACAUUCACGAGAUGCUGCCUAGCCCGGCAACCAGCAGGGACGAGGGCGCUUUUUACCAGGCAGAGACCCAGAACCUGACUCGGGAGAACCAGAUGCUGAAGCUAAGGAUUAGGGAACUGGGUACGUCAAAGCUGGUGCGUUGCCACGAUCAAGAUGCUAACCACUCGACAGAGCGACAGCUGUCAGACAUGAACCCCACGAGUCAAAUCACCCACUCGCCAGCUGUCCAUUCGAGUUUGUCUCCUGCAGCCAGCCGCGACAGUGCCGAACAGGGCACCGUGACUCAACCUGUCUCGACUUCGGCGGCAUCAGAGGAGUGA